UAUCAUAUUGUGGUGACAUUUGGGUUGGAGUAUUUUAAACAGUUUCAAAAACUUUAUAAAGUGGACAGCUUAUACAACCGCAUUGCCUUUCCUGAUCGACUUAUCGGAGUGCGAGAAUACCCCCUUUAGAGAGACAUGGCAAUGGAUUCUAGGCACAGUGGCUAUUUUCAUGGCAUGGGUCGACCUGUUAUCUUAUGUAGAGAAAUUUGACUUGCUUGGGAUUUAUGUUUCUAUGCUGAAAAGAAUCACAAAAACGUUUAUACGUAAAAUAUUUCCAAUCGUUCUUAUUUUUCUGAUAGCUUUUACUUUAGCGUUCCUGUGUGCCCGCAAAAAGCAGGAUGAAUUUAAAGAUUUCUGGGUAGCGUUGCUGUCAAUAUCGGCAAUGAUGGCUGAUGGUUUCGGAUAUGAGGACCACAGUGAUUUUCACAUUGUUGAUACACACAAAUAUGUAGUUGUUAUCAGCCAUUUGAUUUCCAGCAUCUUUUUGAUUAUGAUAGCUAUCAUAUUAAUGAAUUUAAUGGUUGGCGUAGCUGUAAGUGAUGUUGAAGAAGUUUACAUGCAUGCAAUCGAAUCACACUCCACAUUGCAGAUUGAACACAUUUUGGAAUUGGAACGUAUCUGCCAGGCUAUUCUCAAUAUUUUGGUGAGAUUUAGAUGUACAAAGAAGUUUGGUGCACGGCUAAAGGUCAGAUUCAUCCAGCAGCCUAACAGAGAAGUAUUAGCUGGACGAUUAAAAUCCGAAGAAGUUCCAAAACAUAUUCGUGAUAAAGACCAGUGUGAAAAUUUAGGACAGAAGCUGGAUGAAUUGAUAUCAUUGAAAGAAGAUAUGUGUAAUCUCAUGCGACUGAUGAAAGAAGAACACGAGCGUCUCCGAGAAAUAGCAGUUAGAUAGAUAUAUCCAAACAUAUUAAAAUAGAUGACUUUAGUGGAUUUGCUUAACCUAGAAAGAGCAGUGAACUGAUGAUUAUAUAUGCUAGUUUGGCUGCUGAGUGUUUUGAUUAUGACAAAUUUACCAUAUAAGAAAGAGUAUGAAGAUGUAUAUAAUAAUCAUGUACAUAUCAAAUGUUUGUAUAAAUGUUGCAAACUAUAAGACAAUACCUUAAAAUGGCAUCAAAAGUAAACGGUAGUAUCUCAGUUUAAUUAACUGAUCAUUGAUUGAAGUGUCGGAGUAUAUGCUGACACCGAGGCCGAACAGGAUCGAGAAAAGCAGAAUGUCACAAAAGAA